AUUGCCUGUUUAGUCUUAUUCGCAGAGCAAAGGGGAUCAGCUGCUAAGUUCUUCUUCCUCGGAUUACGCUAAAUAUUGGGGCAGAGGCAAAAAGGGGGACAUUUUCAUCACCCUUGGCGCCAAUUUAACUAGUAUAGCAGUGAUUUCUGCUCAAUUUCUUCAUCAACAAAGUUGGAAGUAUACUUGCAAGGUUUGAAUACAUAGGAAAUAAGAAGAUGCAUCCUCCUCUAACAAUCCAUAGGCACCCCAUGUGUGCAGACAUUAUUGAACUGUUCCAAAAGUGCCAUACGGAGCAUCCUAUUGGUAAAUUUUUUGGUGACUGCACUGAUCUGAAAAUAAAGCUUGACAAUUGUUUCCGCCAGGAAAAAGCUGUGAAGCGAAAGGCAAAUUUUGAGCAGAGCAAAAAGUUGAAAGAGAGGUUACAAGCAUACAGGAAGGAAAAUGCUGAGAAUAGAGCUGAGAACAAUUUUGUGCAAUCAUAAUGUAGAAGCUAAAUAUGGAUAUGCAAGUGCAAAAUUCUUGCAUAGAAAGGGUACAGAAAAAGACACAUCAAACUGGUUGCAGCUUGAAGUGGAGAUAUUCUUGAACGCCAAAUGUAAUAUAUUUUUUAUGGAGCUCUCUAAUAUUGGAGAAAUUGGAUUAUCAUUUAAAUUCCUUCCGCCAUUGAAGGCUAGAAAAAUAUCAUUUCCUCGGGAUAUUUUGUGGAAGAUGAUGUCUUUAUGUCAUAACUGUCUAUACGUGAUCGUGAUGAUUAUAAAUUUCUACUAAUCGAUGGGUUUAUGCAUUUUUUUGCGGGUUGAAGUAUAACAGAAUCGAUUGAUAGUGUGUA